CUUGCAGAUACCCACGCUCUACCAAGCCUGAAACAACUGGAGUCUGUUCCAAACACAGAGAAAAGGACCUGGGAUUUGUUUAGUUGGAUUUUAUCAUCUAAGGUCUUCAUGAUACAAAGUACUAAGAAACGCGAGUACGAGAAGAUCCAAGAACUCACAGGGAUGUCUGGGGCUGCGGUUCCUGCUCCGGACUACCUCUUUGAGAUCGUGUAUUGCGAUCAAAUGAAUACCAAGUUUGCUGAGACCAAGGGAGAGCGGGAUCUCAUCUAUGCCUUCCAUGGGAGCCGCCUCGAGAACUUCCAUUCCAUACUGCACAACGGCCUGCACUGCCAUUUGAACAGGACGUCCCUGUUUGGUGAAGGUACCUACCUCACCAGUGACCUGAGCCUGGCUCUCCUUUAUAGCCCUCAUGGUCUUGGUUGGCAGCGAAGCGUGUUGGGCUCUGUCCUUAGCUGCGUAGCUGUUUGCGAGAUCAUUGACCAUCCAGAUGUAAAGUGUCAGGUGAAGAAGAAAGAUUCAGAAGAAAUAGACAGAAGGAGAGCAAGAGUGAAAAACAGCGAAGGGGGUGACGUACCACAGAAAUACUUCGUUGUCACAAAUAAUCAGCUUUUACGAGUUAAAUACUUGCUAGUAUAUUCACAGAAACAGCAUAGGAGGCCUUCUAGUCAAUCUUCCUGGUUUUACACCCACCGUUUUGCCGUCAUGAUGAUGCUGUACCUACUGCUGCUAAUACUGAUAGGGGCCAGCAACUCGCCCACCUUCAUCUACUACUGGCACAGAAUGUUUGACUCGGAGAGAUGAAUUGCCCGAGAUGAUAAACUGUUAUUUUCACCACGUGCCUUAAUAAUAGCCAAAUCUGCAAUGCACUGCAUCUGUUCCAGAGCUCUGGAAAUAAAGGUGCCUGGAGCUUUCCGGUUCUGUCACCGAUAUAUUAUCCUCGUGGCAUCUUUCCAUUUAUUCUUAUUUCUCUCUUCCAGUGAUUCAUGAAGAUGCCCAGUACAGCUGAAAAGGAUCACAAUGGUGCAGCUUAGCAUGAACCAAUUGUUAAGGGUCCAUGGGGGGAAAAAAAAAAAAAAGAAAACUAAAUGUGGAAACACUCAGGUGUAACUAUUUUUCUGUCAAACUGAGGUAUGUCUGCACAAGUUGCAAAGGAGGAUUUUUCUGCAUGUCAGGCAAAGCAACC